AUACAAAUGGGUUUGUCGAGGAAUGAUAAAAAUAAAUUAAAAAAACCAAGAAAAUGUAACUUUUCACAAUGCUUGCGGAAAGGAACUUUCUUCGCCAAAUCUAACUUACAGUUGUGGCAAAUUUUAGGAUUUGUUUUACUGUGGACCAGAAAUGUACCGAGCAGUGCAUUGAUGAUAGAGGUGGAAAUAUACAAUAAUACCGCAGUUGAUUGGGGAUCUUUCUGCAGAGAGGUGGCAUUCCAUGCAAUUUCAGAGCAGAAGGAAAAAAUUGGAGGUGAAGGCCAUGUAGUACAAAUUGAUGAGUCGAAAUUCGGAAAAAGGAAAUAUAAUCGCGGUAAAAGAGUAGAAGGGCAAUGGGUCUUCGGGGGAAUUGAUGUUGGUACUGGCCACUGUUUCAUGGAAGCAGUGGAAAACCGAUCUUCCCGAACACUUAUCCCGAUCCUUGAAAAAUAUGUCCUUCCUGGAACCACUGUGGUUUCAGAUUUGUGGAAGGCAUGUGACUGUUUGGAGGAGAGAGGGUUUCAUCACCAUACAGUCAAUCACAGCUUGAGCUUCAAAGACCCAGUUACUGGUGCUCAUACUAACAAUAUUGAAGCAUCAUGGAAUGCUGUGAAGACUGCUUUACCGAGAUAUCAUAGAAAAAAGGCAUUUUUCCCCGGCUAUCUGGCCAAAUAUCUGUUCCUGAAAAGGUGCAAAUCUCAAGGAAAAGACCCUUUCAUUGAAUUUUUCAAGGCUGCCGGAAGUCUCUACAAGCCUGAAAAUACAAUAAUUAUGGAGCAAGAUGUAGAAAUCGACGAAGAAAUCGAAGAAGAUGAUUUCAAUUAAAAUAUCAUUCUGCAAAUUCAUUUCCCAUUUUUCCAUUAGUUUCUUUUUUGUUGUUUUUUCAACUGAUCAUGUUCAAGUUCCUCCCUCAUUUCUUCAAUUCUUUUAAAUUCUCCUCCAUCUUGUUCAUUACGCACCAUUGAUCCUGUACCUAUCAGUAUACCAGUACCAGUAUAUAUAUCAUCAUGAAAUUCAUCAUUUUCAAGUUCAAGGUAAUGAAACCUUUCACUUAAAUGAAUUAUUCCUUAAAAUUAUUUCAAAUCUAUAAUACCGUAUAUUAUUA